AUGGACAAUAAAAGAAAAACCCUCGAUUCUUAUUUUUCUUCGUCUACUCAAAAGAAGAGUAAAUCAAUAGUGUCGCAAUCUGAUGAUGGUAAUAAUCAAAAUAUUACUUUACAAUCAUGUGAUUCACAUACAUCUCGUGUUACUAUUAAUGAUGAACCUGUUGAAACUUCUCUAAUGAAUUCGUCUCAAAAUGUUAACGUUGAAAAAGAGCAAAACGUGCAGUCUGAAGAAAAGCGAGUUGGUGAAGUAUCUGCUGAUGUUAUCGAUAUUAGUCGCUCAUGUCAAAAUCCACCUACUCAACCUAAACUAGCUUCAUAUCCAAGAAAUAAUGAAAAUAGAUCGUUUACGGCAAAGUGGUAUGAUGGACGUCCGUGGUUAGAAUAUUCAAUCAAAACAGAUACUUGUAACAGUUAUUAUUGUCGACAUUUUGGCGCACCAUCAUCAUCGUCAAAUAAAAAACCUCAAACUGAUGCCUUCGUCAAUAACGGAUUUCAAAAUUGGAAAAAAGCUCUUGAUAAAUCGAAAGGCUUUGACAGACAUCUACAAAGCAACGGCCAUAUUUUAGCCGCCAAUAACUAUGCAAUUUAUCAACAAAGAGAACAAACACAACAUAAUGUUAUACAAGUAUUAGGCAGAAGUCGAACUGAACAAAUUCGUCGAAAUCCAGAACGAUUUAUUAAAAUUGCAUCAGCUUUACUAUUAUGUGCAAGACAAACAAUUGCAAUUAGAGGACAUGAUGAAAGUGAAAGUUCUUCAAAUAAAGGCAAUUUCCUUGAAAUACUGAAAUGGGCUUCUUCAACCGAUCCAGUUGUAAAAUCGCUUUUUGAAGAUACGACAGGAAACUCGACGUAUCUUUCAGGAGGUAUUCAAAACGAAUUAAUCAAAAUUAUGGCUGAUCAAGUUAAACAACAAAUAACAGAAAAGAUUAGAGGAAAUAUGUUCGCGUUGUUGGCCGAUGAAAGUCGUGAUAGUGGUGGCCACGAACAGCUGUCAAUAGUCGUACGAAUAGUGGUGCAUACAGAUGAUGAUAAAGAUAUUAUUCAAGAAUACUUUCUUGGUUUGAUUCGAUUACAUGAAUUCGAUGCUCAGACAUUAUCUAAUGAAAUUGCGAAUUGUUUAAUAAAAUAUGGCAUUAAAU